AUGUCACGCGCUUCGGCCGGAUUUGCAGACUUCUUCCCCACCGCCCCCUCAGUGCUGCAGCAAAAGCGCUAUAAGACCACCCAGGGACGGCGAAAAGUACAGGUCGAUGAACUCUCCGAAGGUUCCCCGGAUGGAUCAGUGCCGGCCACCAAAGCCGCUGGGAACGGCGAGACGCCAGCCCGGGCAGAUGAAAUAGACCCUCACACGCCGUCGGGCUCGCGGGAAUCUGAAUUGACCAUCGGCACCAACGCGCCGACCACAGAGGCCGCGCUCCCUCCACCGGCAAAUCCCCUUCUAUCCCAACUGGAUACCCUGACCCCAGUCACCCAUGCGGAGUCCUCACCCCCGGGCAAGGUCACGAGCCCUGCGCAGCUGAAACCCGCAGGCGAAGCCGUCAUCAAGGUCUCGCAACGCGAACCGUCUCCCCCAAAAUCUUCUAUCACCCCCGUCCACACCCCUCCGACGCCCCAGUCGCAAAUUCGCAACCCCGAGCCUCGGGUCAUCGGCUGCAAGGUGGUAUAUGACCCUGAUCUAGACAAGCGAACGCCCUCCAAGGAAAAACGGAGGAAGCUUGAGUAUGCUGAUAUUGUCAAUACCAACCAAGGGGAUCCUCCCACCGAUCCGCGUCUCGCGAUUCCCAAUUACAAUCGGGGAUCGGGCUGCAAGCAAAAGACCAAAUACCGCCCGGCGCCGUAUACACUGAAACCAUGGGCAUACGACGUGGCGACCAGCAUUGGCCCCGGACCUCCAGUGCAAGUGGUGAUCACUGGGUUUGAUCCGCUCACCCCGAUUGCCCCGAUCAGCGCACUCUUCUCGAGCUUUGGAGACGUGGCCGAAAUCAAGAACCGCACGGACCCCAUCACCGGUCGCUUUCUCGGAAUCUGCUCUGUCAAAUACAAGGAUAGCGCCACGGGCCGAGGCACCGGAUCGGUCUCAGCGACCAGCGCUGCCAGGCGGGCAUACUUUGAAUGCAAGAAGGAACAGCGCAUUGGAACCCGCAGAAUCAGAGUUGAGCUGGACCGCGACGGCAUUGUCUCCGAUCGAAUGACCGCUAAGGCUGUGGAGUCGCAACGUCUCGCAUCCAAGAACAACCCACCCCCGACCAGCAAUUUCGCGACCAACGAAUUGCCUAAGAAAAGCGAACCUCCCCCUACCGCCCCCAAAGGCCCUUCCGGUCGAUCGUCAAUACGCCCCGGGGUUGCAAUCCCAGAAGGACCCCGGGCCGCAGUCCGACCUCCCGUGGCGCAAUCCCUGGUUGAAGAGACUGCAGUGCUCAGCCAACUCAAAAGGGAGCCGUAUAUCUUCAUUGCCCACUGUUACGUCCCAGUCCUCAGCACGACGGUUCCACAUCUCAGAAAGCGACUCCGGCUUUUCGCAUACAAGCAUAUUCGUUGCGACAAAACCGGAUACUAUAUCAUUUUCGAGAAUUCGCGUCGAGGCGAGGAGGAAACGGAACGUUGCCACCGACUAUGCCACAUGCAACCGUUGUUUACGUAUAUCAUGAACAUGGAAAGCCAGCCUUACGGAAACCCGAAUUACGAACGAAGCCCAAGUCCAGAGCGUCUGCGGGCCGAACGACGAGACAAGGCCGUGAAAGAUCGAACCAAACGGGAGGCUGAAUUAGACAUAGAAGAGGAGAAGAAGCAGCGUGCACUGAACCUGGAUCCUUGCCGGGAGGUGCUGUCAAUCAUCAUUCGCGAUCUGAGAGACAAACUGCUUGAAGAUGUCAAGUCGCGCAUUGCUGCCCCGGCCCUCUAUGAUUAUCUGGAGCCAAGCAAGCAUGUGGCCAAAAGGGAGAAAUUGGGCAUUGCGGACCCCGAAGGUACCAAGCGGCCCGCUUUCCGGAUUGACAGUACUCUUGGUACCCCUGAAUCGCGAGGCGACCUGACCGCCGGACGAGAUCCUUCUCAAUCAUCAAGUCUGAAUGUCCUUGCUCUUCCACGCAUCCGCAAGGCCCACGGCCUUGACCGUGCGGGUGCAGCUUUCUUGGAUGAACGGCGCAGACAGCCGCUGCGGAGAAAGGAAGUGCGUCCUUUGUACCACCGUUUGCAGCAACUCCACGACGAUGAAGACUCAGAUGAUGACCAACACACCCCCGUUGCCCGGGAUGCGGACGAACCCGAUAGCAGACCCCCUAGUCGCGCAAGUUCCACUUCAUCUGAUAAUGGGCGAGAUCAGGGCUAUCAAUCUGAUGAGCUGGGCUCAUCGCAAGGAAGCGAUGAGCAGGCCCCAGCCGCUGAUGACGAUGAUGCUCCAGGCAGUCUUAUCACCGACCUACAGGAAGACCUCUCUCCAAGGUCACACAAGCGAAAGCGAUUGACCGAGGACCUGGAGGCCCGGAAAAGACAACGUCAGGAGGAUGAGUUGUUUGGCAUGGACUCCCAGACUGCCGAUGCGGAGACUGCUGAUACAACCCAUAAACCCUCUGCAACUAUUGGCGGCGAAGGUGUCGCGGGAGACGAUAUCAAAUUGCCCACGCUUGAUCAAUCCGCCGAUCGGGAGAUCUCAGUUGAAGAAUCGGAUGACGACGGCUCUGUCGAUGAGCCCAUCGAUGAGCCGAGAACAGAGAUUGAAUGGGGCGUCUCCAGGGACAAGCCACGGGCCACUGUGGCCGAUGAUGAAAAUAUCGUACUCGACUUGGACGGCUGGCAAAACCUGAUCAAGGAUGAUGAAGACUUGCGAUUCCUCCGAGAAGUCUUAUUGGACCAACCUAAAUCCAACAUCGGAAGCCUGGGUGCAUGGGGUUGGAAACAAAAGGAGAUCAAGGCUCUCAACGGCCUGGAGACCGGCGCAACCGCAAACCCCAUCAGUAUCCCUGGAUACUAUGUUCCUAACGCCACAGGAGCUGCUCGAACGGAAGGCCGCAAGAGGAUCCUUGAGGCGGAGAAAUCCAAAUACCUCCCCCAUCGUAUUAAGGUCCAGAAGGCUCGCGAGGAGCGCGAAGCGAAUGCUACGGCAGAUCCCCAGGCUGCUGCUGCCGAAGCUGCCAGGAUUGCAGCUGCCAAGACCAUAUCCAAGUCGACAUCGCGGUCGACACGAGUCAACAAUCGACGCCUCAUUGCGGACAUCAAUGCACAGAAGCAAGCUCUUCCCACUGCAAGUGGCGAAGGAGACGUUCUCCGUUUCAAUCAGCUCAAAAAACGCAAGAAGCCUGUGCGCUUUGCUCGCUCUGCCAUUCAUAACUGGGGAUUGUAUGCUGAAGAGAACAUUACCGCCAACGACAUGAUUAUCGAGUACGUGGGAGAAAAAGUACGACAACAGGUCGCCGAUAUGAGAGAACGGCGGUACUUGAAGAGUGGAAUCGGCAGCAGUUAUCUCUUCCGAAUUGAUGAGAACACUGUCAUCGAUGCCACAAAAAGAGGAGGCAUUGCCCGUUUCAUCAAUCACAGCUGUACUCCGAACUGCACUGCCAAAAUCAUCAAGGUUGACGGUAGUAAACGAAUUGUGAUUUAUGCGCUCAGGGACAUCGAACGAGAUGAGGAGUUGACUUAUGAUUACAAGUUCGAAAGAGAGUGGGACAGCGAUGACCGUAUUCCCUGCCUCUGCGGGUCGACCGGCUGCAAGGGAUUCCUCAAUUAA